AUGAAAAAGAAGUCGAUGAGUACUCUCGCUUCCCUGGCGUCUCGACGCCGGGAUAGAAGCAACAAUCCCCGAGCCCCCGAGCCCCGAGAGACCACAAACCUCUCGGUGCCUGUCUUGAAUACGGGUGCUGGUCACGGUCAGCACCCUAUGACUCAAGGCAGCCAAGAUCAAACGAUUGACCGUCUGGCAAGUGCUCUCCUGGAGAGCACUAUUUACAACCAUCCCAACGGGCUGGCCAGCCAUCCAUCUGUUCUCCUCUGCGGUAUCGGACCAAUCAGCGCUGCCUCUGCACAUUCUCCUGCGAACACCAACAUGGCCGUCGAUUCGCAUGAUCACGUCGUUGUUGUUCCAUUUGAGGAAGGUGUUGCCUCAGAACAGUCCCGAACUCAGACGUCAGAGACUGUUGAUCUGGCUCCAGCUAUUCCUCGAAAGUCUUCACGCCGCAGAGCCAAGCGUAACACUCGCCAUGACAUAUCUGAAGGCUCUGAGGUACAGCUUUCCAAGCAGCCAUUCCCACAAUCAAAGACCAGCAUUCUCGACACUGGCAAAAAGUACGAUGUCCCUCUCACAGGGUCCACGACGGCGCCACUUGGCGGGCUUGCAAAAGAGAUGGAUAGCGGGAUGCUGACACCUGCUCCCCCAAUUGACAACCACAUCAUGAUUAAUGACAAAGUUGCCGCAAUGCUUGCUGCCACCGAGGCACUUAAGCCUCGUGGCUCUCAAAAUAGCACCCCUGCCAACUCCUCUAAAUCUUCACGGUUUCGGACCAUGAAGGUCAUAUCCAAAGUCCGCAAGGUUUUAGAUGUCUUUCAGCCGAACACAGCCACCCCUAAGUCGAAGAUUCGUGGCAAGAUUUCUGCACCGAUUGCUCUGACCACAUGCGACCUCCCUAACCCUGCGGCACACUUCCACAUUGAGGAAGUCGGCCAAGCGUCUCCGGUCAGCUCUAUCGAAAUUCGGCUCAACGAAGGAAACAAUCUGAACAACCAAAAGGUACGGAGUAUCGUCGGUGGUCGCAUAUUGCGAAAGCCGGUCUCUGACGAUGGGCGGUCGCUCCUUAGCGGUGGUUCCAGUUCGUCUGACGAUCCCUUCUCUGGGCCACAUGAGCUUGUUCGAACACCUACUCCCUUCGAGUAUCGUCUCAAGAGCAGCCUCGACUCAACUAACAUCCCACCGAUUCCUUCACUGAACCCUUUCGAUUCCGAGAAGGGUUUUGACGAUGACCUCGAGGGAUUCCUUUCUGAGAAACCCCUUUGCGCUUCGACUCCCCGUGUUCGGAGCGACAAGAAGGCUGUCCCCUUGGAGAGCCCUUCCCGAAGAUAUGCAAAGAUCGAUGAUCGCCAUUUGACAACUCUGGCCCAGGAAGAGGGCGUUUCUAGUGGCAUAAAUCAGCGCAAACUUAAGCUCGAUUUGGAGGGUGUCCGCCUUUUCCACGAUAAAUAUGACCUUGGAACUAAGAAGCACCCUUCGCCCAGCAAGGAUGAUCUGGAUGAUCUAGAGACGCAAUUCCGCGCCUAUGCCAUUCUCCAAAUUCAAAAUGCCCCAGCCAACGAACGCGAUGCUUUGACAACCAAAUUCGCUGGCUUGAUUGGUACUAAUGCGCUUACUCUGCGUGACAAGAACCUUCCGAUGAAGGCUUGCUCGGCAAAGGAGAAUAUAACUGACGACCUUGGCCUCGUCAAUGAACGCAAGCACCAUAGGGAGUCUUCUGUUAUUUCUUCCAGGCAGUCUCGCAUCCCUCGCCCAAUCGAGCCUGUCACGUCCCUUCCGACCCGUCGCUUUGGGCCUCAAUACCAGCCCACAAACUCGGAUGCGCUAGAGAUCGAUGAGUUGCAAUAG